AGGAAAUAGCUCCCUGAUGUAAGUUCAAGCAUUUCUUCUUCUUAUCUGCUUUCUCCCAAAACAUAAAUAUCUACUACGUGCAGCCCAUAUGGAGAAGUCUUCCCGUGUUCGACCCUAUCACCCGCCAAGAUCCACAACCAUGCCCAGAACGGAGAGGGAGCGAGGAGCCCUAGCACCUCCGAGAAGGACUCCCAACAUGGCAGGUCGUCUCCAUGAGGCGUCGGCACUGAGAAAAGACAAGCUGCAGAAGGAGAAACCAGACACGAAGGAGGUGAAGGAGAAGCUGAAAUCCACAGUGGUGGACAUAGACAGUGUGAGAGAUGACGAGGCCAAGGAGGAGAACAUGGGGCUCCUGGAGGCGGCAGAACAGGAGGACGGUCUGAAGCGCAAGAACCUGGGAGUGUUUGAGUGGCUGCUGAUGGUCUUUGCCUUGACUUUGGUUCUCCUCUUCCUCCCUUUUUCCAUCUGGUUCUGCUUCCAAGUUGUGAGGGAGCACGAGAGAGCUGUGAUCUUCAGACUAGGUCACCUACUGCGUGGAAAACCCAGAGGACCAGGCCUCAUUUUCUACCUCCCGCUUCUUGAUGUGUGUCACAAAGUCGACAUCAGACUGAAAAUGUUAAAGGUUCCUCCUCACAUGGUGGUGACGAAGGACCUGGUGAGGCCAGAGCUGAGUGCGGUGUGCUAUUACCAGAUAGAGAACGUGGCCGUGUGCAGUGCCGCUCUGUCCAGUGUGACCACGCUGCUGCAGAGUCUGGUGCAGGCGGCGGUCAGAGACGUUCUCGCUCGGCACACAUUCAGCUACGUCGUGCUGCACCGGCGGAGGAUCGGGGAGCAGAUCCAAACGGCCGCCGACUCCGUGGCUUGUCGCUGGGGCAUCAGGGUGGAGAGAGCUGACAUAGAUGAGCUCAGUUUUUCUACCGACUUACAACAGAGUCUGUCUGCUGAGGCCGAGGCCAAGAGACAAGAGCAGGCCAGAGUAAAAGCUGCAGAGAGUGAGAGUGUGGCCGCCUGGGAUGGGUUCAGAGCCUCCCUCCGCCUCCUCCACCCUGCCUUGGUCCUGCCUCUCCCCCCAGAUCUCCUCAACGUAAACUCUGACCUUUCAGCCCUUCCACCUCCUCCUCCUCCUCCUUCUGCUGCGGAAGUAGAGGGAGAGAUGACAGCGGAGGACCGAGAGACGGACUCAACAAUGAUGUGACACAUGUUAAUAAUCAUU